AUGAGCGCGGAGCCGGACGGAGUCUCGCUGCGUUCCUCCUCGUCCUCGUCGGGUUCGCUGGGCUCGGCGGCGGGGCCGGCGCUGCGGCCGCUGUCGGCUAACGUGCGGCGGCUGCACCAGGCGCUGACGGCGCUGCUGAGCGAGGCGGAACGGGAGCGCUUCAUCCUCUGCCUCAACGCUUACCACGGCCGCCGCAACGUCUGCGAUCUGGUGCGCUCCCUCCGCGCUCUCCUCGACGGGCCCCGACGGCGGCAGCUGCUGCCCCUGCUGCGCCUGGUGCUGCCGCGUUCCGACCAGCUGCUCUUCGACCAAUACACGGCCGAAGGGCCGUACCUGCCGCCCCCCGGCCGCCCCCCGCCUCCCCCGGGGGAGCUGCGCCAGGUGACGCUGCGCCGGAGCAAAGCCCACGAGGGUUUGGGCUUCAGCAUCCGCGGCGGAGCCGAGCACGGAGUAGGGAUCUACGUGUCGCUGGUGGAGCCCGGCUCGUUGGCUGAACGGGAGGGGCUGCGCGUCGGGGAUCAGAUCCUGGGGGUGAACGGCAAGCCGCUGGACAGAGUGACCCACGCCGAGGCCGUCAAGGUUCUGAAAGGCUGUAAGAAGCUGAACCUGUCCGUCCAUUCGGUGGGACGCAUCCCGGGGGGCUACGUCACCAACCACAUCUACACCUGGGUGGACCCGCAGGGCCGCAGCGUGUCCCCACCGACGGGGCUGCCUCACCAUCAGAACAGCUCGCUGCGCAAGGACGGCGAGAAGAGGAGCCACCUCCAGCUCCUGCAGGAGGGAGAUGAGAAAAAGGUGAACCUGGUCCUGAACGAGGGGAAGUCACUGGGGCUCAUGAUCCGAGGAGGGGCAGAGUACUCCUUGGGCAUCUACAUCACCGGUGUGGACAAGGGAUCUGAAGCUGAGAGCACUGGCUUGAAGGUAGGAGACCAGAUCCUGGAGGUAAAUGGCAGGAGCUUCCUCAGCAUCCCCCACGACGAGGCGGUGAAGCUGCUCAAGUCCUCCCGUCACCUCAUCAUGACAGUGAAGGACAUUGGGAGGCUGCCCCAUGCCCGCACCACCGUGGAUGAGACCAGGUGGAUAGCGAGCUCCCAGAUUGGAGAGACCCUCGUCAGCUCCACGGGGUCUCCUUGCAGGGUGGUGGGCGAUCAUGCUGCGGAGGCAACAGCUAGGCCCGUGUUCUACCGGGGCCUGGCUGGCUCGCAGGUGACGCUGAGCAGCAUGGUGAACCAGACCCGGGUCAUGCUGGAGGAGCAGGCGAGGCACCUGCUGAACGAACAGGAACGGGCCACCAUGGGCUACUACCUGGAUGAGUAUAAGGAAGGCCAUAUCUCUGUGGAUGCUCUGGUCAUGGCGCUCUUUGAGCUGCUCAACACGCACGCGAAGUUCUCACUGCUCUCAGAGGUGAGGGGUGUGAUCUCCCCACAAGACCUCGAUCGCUUUGACAAUCUGGUGCUGAAGAGAGAGAUCGAGUCCAUGAAAGCCCGGCAGCCUGCAGGACCCAGCGUUGGCACUGAUUCCUACUCCAUGAUGUCCUACAGUGACACCAUCUCUUCCUCCAGCAGCCACUUCACCUCCACGACAGUCAGCUCAGCCCGGAACACAUCAGAAUUGGAGGAAGGUGAAGACUGCCAGCAGAGCAGCAUCAACACCCUGCCAGACAUCUCUCUGGAUGACCUCUCGUCCUUCCCAGAGGAACCCCCCAAUUUCAAGCCUCCCCCUCCUCCCACAGCCCCCCAGAUGCUGGACCCCUCCGCUGCCCAGCACAGGAACCCAGGGAAGGACAAACCCAAGCGCCCUUCCUCCGAGUCCUCCCAGUCAGGCCUCUUCUUUGUGGCCCCCCGAAACCCCACACCCCCUCCGAGCCACUCUGAGAAGGACACCAUCAGCGUGGCCUCCACUGCCACCACCUCCACCGAGGAAUCCUCCCCGAGCGCCAUCUAUGCCACCAUUUCCCCAACCCCGCGUGGCUCCCGACGGCAAAUGGACCCCCAGCUCUCCCUGCUCGGCCAUCCCCCCAUCGGCCCCUUCCCCAGGGUGCAGUCCCCCACCAGGCUGACCAGCCCUCCUGCAGAUGGCCCUGCGGCUGCCGGCUGCCAAAGCCCCGCGUCCCCAUCCCCACCUCCACCCCCAGCCCACCCCGCUCCCCCUCCUCCCAGCCCUCAGGCCAACCAGCACUUCAUCAUGGUGGAGGUGCACCAACCCAACAGCGAGCCCGAUGUCAACGAAGUGAGGCCCUUGCCCCAGGCUCGAGCCUCCACGCUCUCCCAGCUGUCAGACAGUGGGCAGACCCUCAGCGAGGACAGCGGGGUGGACAUCGGCGAGGUGGAGGUCAGCAGCAAGGACAAGAGCAGGCAGCCGGUCCCUGGGAAAAGCAGAAGCCUCAAGGAGGGCACAAGGAGUGAAGGGACAGCAGAAGGGGCCUCCAAACCGCCAGGGCUCCUGGAGCCCACCUCGUGUCUGAUCCGGGUGUCCAAGAGCGCGCCGACCUUGGGAAUCGCCAUCGAGGGCGGAGCGAACACGCGGCAGCCACUGCCCCGCAUCGUCACCAUACAGCGCGGCGGUUCAGCACACAACUGCGGGCAGCUGAAGGUGGGCCACGUCAUCCUGGAGGUGAACGGCACGGGGCUGCGGGGCAAGGAGCACCGCGAGGCUGCCCGCAUCAUCGCCGAGGCAUUCAAGCUGAAGGAGAAGGACUACAUCGAUUUCCUGGUUACAGAGUUCAACGUCGCCCUUUAG